AUGGAAAAAGGAAGCUCCAACUGGUAUCACGGUAAUAGCCGGCACAACGAGAAAAAUUCUCGCACAUCUAACACAAGAAGGCGGCCAAGACAAAGCACCACAAGAGGAAGAAGAUCAGUUUUAUCAUCCGAAAAUCAAUCAUCCAAAAAGAAUCCCUCAAAAAUAGAGGUGCCUAACAACUUGAAAAGGCUUGAGGAGUACGCGUUGGGGAUGACAUGUUGGGCAAAUGAAAUCUUGCCUACCUUGUAUGCAGACCCUCCAAGAUUUGGACCAAGUUAUCUGGCAUUCUAUGUGGAGCACAUAGAUCACAUGUUGGUCCAUAACUUGCAGGAACAUUUUAACACUUCUGCAGCUAUGAAGACCUACAUCGCUGAGCAAUAUCAAGCCUUAUCUAAUAGGUAA